UGAUUAAUUUUUAAUUAUAUUUAAUAUACUGUAAAGCUAUAUAUAGUCAAAACUUUGAAGUAUUUAGAAUAUUGAAAUUGGAAUUUUGAUACACUGAAAUAUUUAAACGUUUAAUUUGGAAUGUGAAUUACAUUUGUGUUUUAUCAGAGAAAUUAAUACGGAGUUUAAAAAAAAACGAGAGACUUAACGAUCACUGUUUUACAUUUUCUAGCGAGCAUUAAAAUGGAAAGAGAAGACAAACAUCAGGAAAAUACUGCAGCAGACGAGAGCCAGCCUUUCAGCAAGGAAAACGAUUUUAUCGCACUGUUGAAGACUAUUUUCAGGCGUGGAUAUCCGGAUCUUCCUUCCGAUAUAUUACCAGGCAAGUCUGCGGAGGAAAGACAAUUUGCGAUAAAGUUGCUACACGAGCAAGCAAAACGUGUUCUCGAAAUCAAACCGACGCUAGUCAAUUGGCUACAGAGUGGACUGUUUGUGGAUGAAGAAUUCAACGUACCUCUGGCCUUGUUACUCAUUGAGUGGUACGAACAGCAUCCAACGCCGUACCAGGAAAACGGGGAAUGCAACUUUAGGGAAAUAUAUCACUUUAUUUACAAAAUGGUGAUGAAUCAACCUGUGCCGUAUCUUUCGCACAACUCUGCGAAGGUCUUGCAUACACUAUUGUCAGAAGUAAUUGACGAGGUCUGGCCAAGUUCACAGGAUGAUGUUAUGGAUUAUCUUAAUCACACGUAUAGUUACAGCAGGCCAGGAUUAAGAAGAACAUAUUCAAGAAAAAAAUAGUUUCCGUUACAAUUUCCUUAACUCUUAUCCAUGAACUCUUAUCCUAAAGAAAGAUUGUUGAAAAGUAUAAUUAUUGUGAUAUUUGUAUAUUGAUAAUUAUUGUCGUAAUUAAGUUAUACCAAAUAUAUAUAGAAUCACCAGUAAUCUAUGAUAAGACAACGAUAGUGAGUAUUUGAUUAAUGAAUCAUUUGUUUCUAUUGCAUUAAAAUAAAACUUGAUUUAAUAAUAAAUAAUAAAUUUUCU